CAAUAACGAGCUAUAAUUCAGAGAGAAAGAGAGAGAUAUAUAGAGAUCAGGGGCUACAUUAAUUUGUAUGGAUACCGUUUGUAUUCUGAUAUACGUGAUUCUCUUUCUCACCACUCUUUUCUCAUAUCCAUCCAUGAAGAAACAGAAGAAAAAACCUGAAAGAAAAGCUGAGCUUCCUCCAGGCUCAGUAGGGUGGCCUUAUAUAGGAGAAACUCUCCUACUCUACUCUCAAGACCCAAACGUCUUCUUUGCUUCAAAGCAAAAGAGAUAUGGAGAAAUAUUCAAAACCCACAUACUUGGCUGCCCGUGUGUCGUGCUGGCUAGCCCUGAAGCUGCCCGAUUUGUGCUAGUGACUCAUGCUCAUUUGUUCAAGCCUACGUACCCCAAAAGCAAAGAGAGGAUGAUUGGCCCUUCUGCCCUCUUCUUCCACCAAGGAGACUAUCACAGUCGACUUAGGAAGCUUGUUCAAGGCUCUUUAUCGCCGGAGACAAUCCGGAAACUGGUUCCCGAUAUCGAAGUCAUAGCCAUUUCUGCCUUGGAGUCAUGGGCCGGCGGCCAAGCCCUCAUCAAUACCUUUUGCGAGAUGAAAAAGCUCUCUUUUGAGGUCGGCAUUCUUUCUAUCUUUGGUCAGUUGGAAGCUAAAUAUAAAGAAAAGUUAAAGGAGAAUUACUGCAUGGUAGAUAAGGGUUACAAUUCUUUUCCAACAAACCUACCUGGCACUGCAUAUUCUAAAGCACUCUUGGCAAGGAAAAGGCUAAGCCAGAUUGUGAGCGAGAUAAUAUGUGGAAGGGAGGAGAAGAAGCCACUGAAGAAGGAUCUCUUGUGGUAUUUGAUGAACUCCAGAGAUGAAAGGGGGCAAACAGCUUUAACUAAGGAUCAAAUCGCCGACAACAUCAUCGGAGUAUUGUUUGCAGCUCAAGACACAACAGCUAGUGCCCUGACAUGGAUUCUCAAAUACCUCCAUGAUGACCAGAAACUUUUUGAAGCUGUAAAGGCAGAGCAAAAUGCGAUAUAUGAAGCGAAUGACGGAGGGAAGAGGCCCUUGACAUGGGCUCAGACUAGGAACAUGCCACUUACAUAUAGGGUUAUAUUAGAGAGCUUGAGGAUGGCGAACAUCAUAUCUUUCACCUUCAGGGAAGCAGUGGUUGAUGUAGAGUACAAGGGAUCUCUCAUUCCAAAGGGUUGGAAAGUACUGCCACUGUUCAGGAACAUUCAUCAUAAUCCAGAAUAUUUCCCAGAUCCUCAGAAGUUUGAUGCAUCUAGAUUUGAGGUAGCUCCAAAACCCAAUACUUUCAUGCCAUUUGGCAACGGAGGGCACGCUUGUCCCGGCAACGAGCUUGCUAAGCUAGAGAUGCUCAUUUUUAUCCACCAUCUAGUAACCAAGUUCAGGUGGGAGGUGGUGGGAUCUCAAAGUGGGAUUCAGUAUUGCCCUUUCCCAGUCCCAAAGCACGGACUCCCAGCCAAAUUUUGGAAAGAGCUCGAGAGUCCGAAACAAGACAUUGUGUCUCUAAUCCAAAUUAAAUCGAAUAGAAAUUAUCAACAAUUUUGUUGAGACAGGAAAUACGAGAGAUCUCUUAUGAAACCUAUUUGCAUGAGCAAAUUUGAGGCAGUCUAUUCUCCUCUUCGGGCAGAUGACCUCACAUAAGAACUCUCUCACAUUUGUUGUUCAAAUUGCUGAAAAUUUGAAUCCAUUUAAACCUCUAAUUUUACAAUGGAGGUUUCUAUCUAUUUUGUCAUUCAUGCGAUAUCUUAUUUCCAUUAUGACUCUAAUGUGAUUUUUAGUGGAGCUAUGAAAUGGUAAUUUGGAUGUGACUAUGUAUGGUAAAAGGGAGACUUUCAAUGGGAAACUUUUUCCCACUAAUCUAAGAUCUCUAUUGUUAAUUUCUCUAA